AUGCUAACAUAUCUCGUGAAAUUGUUGCAUAAAUCUAUGAAACUAUUAACCAGUAUAACAUUGCUCUAUAAUUCGAAAAUGAAUAUCCGGGAAAUACUGCUCCUAUGCAUCACUGUUGUAUGUAUGCCCAAUAUUUUGGGAUUUCCAAGGAAGAUAUCAAUCGGAGGUUUGUUCGACAGCGACGAGAUGAUUCAAAAAGCGUUUGAAAUAUCAAUUAAAGCGGUAAAUAUGAACAUAACUUCCAUCAAUCGCGUAAGGAAUAUAGUGUUAACAUCCAGAACAGAAAAAAUCAACAAGAAUGUAUUCCAAGUAGCAAACAUAGCGUGCGAGUUGAUAAAUAAUGGAGUGGCCGGAAUAUUUGGUCCUCAAGAUAAAACGACAGUAAACCACAUUCAAAGUAUGUGCGAUACCUUGGAUAUACCUCAUAUUGCUGCCAGAUGGGAUUCUGAACCAAAACGUGGCAAUGUAAUAAACCUGUAUCCGCACCCCGACGCACUUUCCAUGGUUUUUCAAGAAUUAAUAAAAGAAUACAAAUGGAAAGAAUAUGCAGUACUUUACGACAAUGCGGAUAGCCUGAUACGCAUAAACCGCCUGCUCCAGUUGCCAAACAUGAAUACCAUUUCCGCGAUGGUGUUCCAUUUAGGUAGCGGACCAAAUUUUAGACAAACUAUGAAAGAAGUUAAAAUGUUUGGAUAUAACAAUAUCAUAAUCGAUUGUUCAUAUAAUAUUCUUGAUUCUGUUCUCAAACAAGCACUACAAGUCGGAAUAAUGUCAGAGAAAUAUACAAUAAUUAUUACCUGUCUGGACCUGCAAACUUUGGACUUAAAACACUACCAAUACUCCGGAGUAAAUUUAAUGGGCGUACGUUUAAUCGACCCAGAAAACUCAAUUGUUCGACGUAUCCUCCAAUCUCGGUCUCUUAAUUGGAACUUGACAGACGGUUCCCAUUUAAAGGUAGAAGCGGCACUCGCUUAUGAUGCAGUACAACUUUUCGCAAGCGGUUAUGCACGAUUUCGCAAAAGUGUCAAGGGAAACCUUAAAAAAUUGUCUUGCAACAGCACGGAAAUUUGGGGGCACGGUUUCAGCUUAAGUAAUUAUAUGAGAAAUGAGCAAAUACACGGAUUGAGCGGUAUAAUAAGAUUCGAUACGGCUGGAUUUCGAAGCGAAUUCCAAUUAGAUGUCGUAAGUCUAGGAAAUGAAGGAUUGUAUAAAAUUGGUGAAUGGAAAACGAACUUUGGUUUUCAAUGGAAGCCGGAGGACUACAGAAUCUCCGGAAUAGAUAAGAGUUUACGUGAUAAGCAUUUUCUUGUCCUGAUAUCGCUAACGCAGCCAUAUGGAAUGCUUAAAGAAUCAUCCUCUAGAAUAAUUGGAAAUGAUCGAUACGAAGGCUUCGCGAUAGAUAUAAUUCAAGAAAUGAGCAAGAUGCUAGGAUUUAAUUAUACAUUUGAAGUUCAGAUUGACAAAGCUUACGGAUCGUUUAAUAAUAUAACCAAGAAAUGGGAUGGAAUGUUGGGAAAAAUAAUCUCUGGUGAAGCAGAUUUAGCGAUCACAGAUCUGACGAUCACGGCGGCAAGAGAAGAAGUUGUAGAUUUUACAGAUCCGUUUAUGAACUUAGGUAUAAGCAUUCUCUACAGGAGACCAUCAAAAACCCUUCCAGGUUUAUUAUCCUUUCUAGGACCGUUUUCGAAAGACGUUUGGUUAUAUUUGAUCGGAGCAUACAUCGCCGUGACAGCAUUAUUAUUCGUAAUUGGAAAACUCUGUCCCGCAGAAUGGACAAAUCCAUAUCCGUGCAUCAAAAAGCCGGAAGUAUUGGAAACACCUUUCACUUUGAUGAAUACUCCGUUUCUAGUGAUCGGAGCCAUCCUGAAGUCACCUACCGGAUUUGCACCUAAAGGAAUUUCAACAAGAGCUUUAGCUGUUGCGUGGUGGUUCUUUACUCUGAUUAUUGUAACAAUGUAUAUCGCCAAUUUAGCAGCCGCAUUAUCCACGAAAUCCGUCGUGUGGUCUUUUCAAGUAGCAGAAGAAUUGGCUAAUCAACAAAAAAUUAAAUAUGGCGCAAAAAUAAACGGCUCGACGUUCUCAUUCUUUGAGGAUUCCACGUAUGAACCAUAUGUGAUUAUGUAUAAUUACAUGAAGACUCAUGCUGACGAGGUGCUUAUGAAAAGUAACGAGGACGGCUUAUGGAAGGUGCAGCACGAAAAUUAUGCAUAUUUUAUGGAAUCCUCAUCAAUUGAGUAUAUUAAACAUAGAUAUUGUAAUGUGACGCAGAUCGGUGGACUUUUAGACGCCAAAGGCUACGGGAUAGCAAUGAGAAAAGAUGUAUCUUAUCGCGCAGUUUUGUGUACUGCGAUAUUAAAGCUGCAAGAAAAUGGUGUGAUCAGCCAAUUAUAUAACAAAUGGUGGAAAGAGAAGCGAGGCGGUGAUAAGUGUGACGAAACGGUAAAAGUGCAAGUGGAACCAUUGAAUUUCGAGGACGUCGGUGGAGUAUUUUCAAUUAUGAUAAGCGGUGUUGCAUUGUCUUAUGUCUUUGCCGGAUGGGCAUUUAUCUGGAAUAUUCGAAACGUCGCAAUCAAACAUAACGUAUCCUUUACAGAAGAGCUCAUAGAAGAGUUAAAAUUUUUAAUCAAAUGCAGCAACAGAAAGGUCAUUGGAAGAAGAAAACAAUCCAUUGGAACGAGUAAAAGCGACAGCACCGAUUCCUUAUAAAUACGUGUCAUUUUCGCGUAGUAAGUUAUUAAAAAUUGUAUAUUAAAUCCAAUAAAAUAGAAAUUAUACCACAAAGUUGAUUAUGGUAUGAUUUAUGU